ACAACAACUCCCCAACAAUCCCGAUCCACACCCACACUCCCCCCUCCCCUCCCCCCUCCAAACAGCCUUAAAUCUUCCUACAGAAUAAGAAGAUCGAAAUGGCUUCCGCAUAUCACCCGUUCCAGAUGGAUCACUAUAUCCAACAGAACCUGUCCGUAGAUACCCGAAGAUCACUCUUCGACGAUGAUGACUCGUCAAUCCUCGACGAUAACAUCCUCGACAGCAACACCCUCCUCGAUUCCGCCCUAGAUUUCCCUUCCAUGGACCGACGGAGAGGUGAGGCGAUCGACGCUAACGGCAUCUUCUCGCCGUCGAAUGAGUGGGACUUUGAUCACGACAUGGGCAUGGCUGGUCCUGCUGACGACUCCACGCCCGUACCCGCGGCUACUUUCGAGCACAGCAACGGCACAAACAACCCCUUCAUCAAGCUAGAACAGGCCCAGCCCACAUACGCACAGCAGCACAACUGGUCGUCGAACGGUGCUUCGGGAUCGUGCACGCCCACAGUGUACGACAACAACACUUUCAAUGGCUUUGAUGAGAGCGGUGCCUAUCUGGCUCCGGCUUCUGGUGCCCAGGGUGCUUUCGACAACAACGUCCACAUCCCACCACACACCGUGUUCCAAUCUGGUGCUUCGAUCCCUUCGUCGCCCUCCAAGAACUGGGAUGGUGCCGGCCCCGCCGACCACGAUGGCCCGUCCAUGGCUAAGCGCAUGCGCCCGUCGAGCCCCGGUCCCCGAUCGCACUCUCCCCUCCACGUCGUACGACGAGAUGGAAUCCGCAAGAAGAACGCCCGCUUCGACAUCCCUGCCGAGCGGACCUUGAUGAACAUCGACCAGCUCAUCGCUCGGUCCCAGGACGAGAACGAGAUCAAGGAGCUCAAGCAGCAGAAGCGAUUGCUCCGAAACCGACAGGCAGCUCUCGAUUCUCGCCAGAGAAAGAAGCAGCACACUGAGCGUCUCGAGGAGGAGAAGAAGCUUCACAGCACCAUCAUCCAGGAACUCGAGGACAAGCUCCAGCAGAUGACCAUGCAAGACGAGCAGAUGCGCCAGAGGUUCCAGGAGGUUGCUCGCGAGAGGGACUUCCUUCAGCACAAGUGCGAGACCCUGCACAUGGAGAAGGAGGAUAUCGUCCGUGCCCACACCUUGGAGACCGGCGAACUCCGCAAGAAGAACACCUUCCUGCAGGAUCAGCUCCACAAGGUUCAGGACAACAUGGACCGCACUCCCAUGGCCCACCAGCACAGCUCUUCGGGUUUCAGCGAUGCGUUCGACUUCGAGGCCGACUUCGAUCUCGAUGGCGACUGCUGGAACGAGCCCAUGAUCCACGAGAUCAAGCAGGAGAAGGUUGCCCCCAUGGAGUCCGAGAAGCCUGCCGCCCCCGGCCUGUUGCUCAUCCUUCUGUUGUGCGGUGCUCUGGUUGCGUCCUCCAAGACGUCCAUCUCUGCCCUGCCCCCGCUUCCCAAGCAGCUCCAGUCCGCUUCGGCCUCGGUGCUCCAGAACAUCUUCCAGGAUGCUGGUGUCUCGGAGGUUGGCCGUGUCGAGUCCAUCGACGUCUCGUCUUCCGACUCGUGGAUCGUUGCCAAGUCUGAGGUUCCCCAGAUGGUCGGAUUGGAAUCCACCAUGAGCGUCCUCAACUCCUUCGACAAGACCACCCCAGAGCAGCAGCGCGAGCAGUUCAUGCAGUUGACUCCCGCCGAGUACAACGACGUGACCUCCAACAACUUCCUCCGCGAGCCCGAGCCCGUCAACCAGCGAAGCCGCCGCCGCAUCCAGGAGAACCUCGCCAACAUGAGGAACUCCAAGCAGACCGCUGCCGAGGUUUACACCCGUUCGCUCAUGUGGGACCGUGUCGACGCCGAGGUUGUCCGUCGCUUUGCUGCCUUCGCUCGUCAGGCCCAGGCAUCUGGUGCAAGCGGAAACGAGGAUGGUUCCGGCGCAGCCGCCCACUCAUAGAGUGUUCAUCCCGUCCCGGCUGGCCUAGCCCAGCAACCUUAUCGACUUGUUGAGCAUACCUUCGUCGUGUCGCUCACAUCUUUCCUC